AUGAAGUCGACAGUGGAGGAGGAGAAGGUGAAGGAGAAGAUACCGGAAGAGGACAGGAAGAAGAUAGUUGAGAAGUGUGAGGAGACGAUCAAGUGGUUGGAUGGGAACCAGCAGGCAGAUAAGGAGGAGUAUGAGCACCGACAGAAGGAGUUGGAGUCGGUGUGCAAUCCGAUCAUAACGAAGAUGUACCAAGCCGGUGGUAUGCCUGGAGGCAUGCCCGGUGGUAUGCCGGGAGGCAUGCCUGGUGGUAUGCCCGGAGCUGGGGCCGGUGCUGGCGGCAGAGGUCCAACCAUUGAAGAGGUCGACUAA